AUGGGGACAAAACAGUUUCUUGCAAGUCAUUUUAAGCUGAAGGAUAUGGGUCAGUUAAGAUAUUUUAUUGGAAUAGAAGUGGCAAGGUCCAAGCAAGGCAUUGUUAUGUGCCAACGAAAAUAUGCACUGGAGGUUCUCGAAGAUGCAGGCUUUAUGGGUGCCAAACCUCCCCAAUUCCCAGUUGAGCAGAACUUAGUAUUAACUCAAGGAGAUGGCGAUUUGUUAAAGGAUGCUUCCCAAUAUCGAAGAAUGGUUGGGAGACUCAUAUACCUUACAAUCACAAGACCAGACCUUGUCUAUGAUGUGCAUAUCCUAAGUCAAUUUAUGGGUAAGCCUAGACAACCUCAUCUAGAUGCAGCAUACAAGGUUUUGAGAUCUGUUAAACAAACGUCUGGACAAGGAAUACUGUUGCCCUCCACAGGACAGUUGGAGCUUAAGGCGUAUUGUGAUGCAGACUGGGCUCGAUGCAAAGACACAAUGAGGUCAACAACUGGUUACUGCAUUUUUCUUGGUAAUGCACCCAUCUCAUGGAAAACUAAGAAACAAGGAACGAUGUCUCAUUCAAGUGCAGAAGCGGAGUAUAGGUCCAUGGCCACGACAUGUUGUGAGAUAACGUGGUUGCGAAGCAUACUAAACGAUUUGAACGUCAGACAUGCACAUGCAGUUAAGCUCUUCUGUGAUAAUCAGGCUGCCAUUCACAUAGCAUCAAACCCCGUGUUUCACGAACGCACGAAGCAUAUUGAGAUUGAUUGCCAUGUUGUACGUGAAAGAGUGCAGGGAGAACUAAUCAAGACUAUGCAUAUUCGAACACAAGAAUAG